AUGGAUGCAGAAAUGGAAGAAGUCGGGGGUGAAGAAAUCAAGGAGGUCCCGCCACCUAAGACGGAGGAUGUUACUACAAAAAUAUCGACCACUGCUUACGAGUUACCAUGGGUAGAGAAAUACAGACCAUUGAAACUGAGCGAGAUUGUUGGAAACGAAGAAACGGUCAGCAGACUUGAAGUGUUUGCCAGAGAGGGAAAUGUACCGAAUAUUAUCAUCGCGGGUCCCCCGGGUACUGGAAAGACGACUAGUAUUUUAUGUUUGGCUAGAGCUCUUCUCGGCCCUGCCAUGAAAGACGCAGUUCUUGAGCUGAAUGCUUCAAAUGACAGAGGAAUUGAUGUGGUCAGAAAUAAGAUCAAGAUGUUUGCACAGCAAAAAGUCACUCUUCCAAAAGGACGUCACAAAAUCAUCAUUCUGGAUGAAGCUGACAGUAUGACUGACGGAGCUCAGCAGGCCUUGAGGAGGACCAUGGAAAUCUACUCCAAGACCACACGCUUCGCCCUGGCCUGCAACGCCUCCGAUAAAAUCAUAGAGCCCAUCCAGUCUCGCUGCGCCGUCCUGCGUUACACCAAGCUGAGGGACGAGCAGAUCAUGAUGCGGCUGAUGGAGGUGGUGGAGAAAGAGCGACUGCACGUCACCAACGACGGGCUGGAGGCCAUCAUCUUCACCGCCCAAGGGGACAUGAGACAGGCGCUGAAUAACCUCCAGUCGACAAAUUCAGGGUUUGGCUUCAUCAACAGUGAGAAUGUGUUUAAGGUGUGUGACGAGCCACACCCUCUCCUAGUGAAAAGCAUGCUGGAGCAUUGUGUCAACGCUAACAUUGACGAAGCUUACAAGGUAAUUGAACAGCUGUGGUCAUUGGGUUACUCUCCAGAGGACAUCAUAGGAAACAUCUUUAGAGUCUGUAAGACGUUCCAAAUGUCAGAGUACCUAAAGCUGGAGUUCAUUAAGGAGAUUGGCUACACCCAUAUGAAGGUGGCGGAGGGUGUGAACUCUCUCCUGCAGCUGGCUGGACUGUUGGGUCGUCUGUGCAGUAAGACCGCCGCCCCUGACGCCAGCUGAAUCCCACCUCU